AUGUUCUUCAGGCACUACACUAAGAGAUCUGUAGCUCAGUGGCAGGUGGUACUCAGAAGGACUUAUCCUUGGUUUCAGCCCGGAUACCGGCUGUUUAAGAAGGAACUAGAGGAAGAAGUGGCCAGAAUUGAUUUCAGGAAGAAAUUUCUGAGUGUAACCCUGCCCAGAGACCUGCCCCAUGGCGGUGGAAAGCCUCCAAAUUAUAAUUUAAGGGCAGAAGUCUAUCAUCCCAACUUCUGUGCCAGGCAACUUGAUGACUUGGGAGUGCACAAGGAUGCUAGGUGCGUAGUAAACAAGAUCAACAAUAGUGCAGAUGCCCUUUAUACAUCCUGGGAGCCUAAUUCCUACAGUUCUGCCGAGUUUGAUGCUUGGUGGAAAGCCAGGUUUCAGGGUCUGCCUGCCUCCAGGAUUGUACUCAAGACCAUAAAAGGCAUUAAUGCUCAAGUUAUAGAAGGUGGACAGUCUAUCCAGAUUGGAGAAGUGAUUGAUCUGGAGCUUCCCUCUGGAGAGGAAGAAGAUGAAAUUCUGGCAGAACAACCAACUGUUGAGGCCACUCCUUCUGCCAGAAGGAAAAAGAAAGAAAUUGCUUUUGCUCAGGACAGUGCUGCUCAUCUUGAAGCCUUUGCUGAAAGUCCUCCUCCUCCUCCUCCUUCUACUAAGUCAAAAAGACUUAGAAAGAGGAUUGUGGUGGAAUAUGUGGCCAUGGAGGAACCUAGAGCAGCUCCCACCAACACUUCUGGGACAGAUGAAGAGCUGAGAGAGGCCUUUGAGGCAGUAGGGAAGGAGAAAGAGCUGGAAGAAGAAGGACCUCAAGAAAAGGAAAAAGAAGUGGAAGAGGAGGAGGAAAUCCCUGCUGAAGUGAUUGCAGAGAGAAUCGCCUUGGUGCAGAAACAGCAGGAGGGCCCAAGGGCAGAGCUGACUAGUUCAGAGUCGGCUCUUUUUGAGGAUGCAGAGGCAGAGCACUCCACUGCUGCGGAGCAGUCUGUAUCAGAGCCUGUGGAGCAGGCAGAACUUCCUGUUGCAGCCUCAGAACCUAAAGUGGAGCUAACUGCUGUUGUUCCUGGACUUGUGUUAGAAGUGCCCAGAACUACUGUGGUUUUGGCUGUGAUGACCAGUCCUUUCAAACCUCCCAUUGUGGCUAUGCCCAUCCAUUAUUUCCCGGGUUCAUCUACUACGGCUUCUUUUGCUGAUUCGAAAUUGGCAGAGUUUGAAGCCAUGGAUCUAGAUGCCCAGCUGGACAAACUGGAGAAGCUCAGCUCUACUCCUGGCAAGGCAAAAUUCAAGGCAGUGAAAGAGGCCAUGGAGAGGUUGAAGAUUUGGCAAUCCACUGAGUUGGAGCUGGAUGAGGAUAGGGAAGUUGUUGAUCAAUUGAUGAAGGAUCUGGACCUUUUGCACAGACAGAACAUGGCUCCCAAACCUCUACUUGAGAUAAGCCUUGGUUUGGCCAGAGAUGUGCUCAACCUUCACGAUCGUUAUGAGGAUCUCAAGCCUACCUUCAAAACCUCUGAGUUCUGCAAAGCCACUCAUGAAGCCAACUUGGCUGAUUAUGCGAAACAGAAGGCAGAACUGGACCACUACAGACAGGCUGGAGAAGCAGAUUGA